UCGAAAAUGGCGGAUGAUUGCGACGGUUUUCCACUUCAUAAAGCAGUUUUUGAUAACGAUUUGCAAACUGUCUCGCGCCUGUUAAGAAAACACGACGUAGCUGCUAAAAACAAACAUGGCAACACAGCCUUACACUUGGCUGUUAUGCUGGGAAGGAAAGAAUGUGUUCAGCUACUUCUAAAACACGACGCGCCGGUGAAAGUAAAGAACGGCCUGGGAUGGACAGUCCUUGCAGAGGCUGUCAGUUACGGCAACCGUCCUACCAUUUCUUCGUUGGUGCGGAAAUUCCGGCAGCAGUCCAGGGAGCAGAUGGAAGAGCGACGGCCUAACCUCGUAGAAGCCCUGAAUAGGAUAAACGACUUUUACAUGGAGCUCAAAUGGGAUUUCCAGUCGUGGGUACCUCUCGUGUCCCGUAUUCUACCUUCCGACAUAUGCAAGAUCUACAAGAGCGGCGCCAACAUACGGUUAGACACGACCUUGGUGGACUUCUCCGACAUGAGGUGGGAGCGGGGAGACAUUUCUUUUAUAUUCAACGGCGACGCCAAGCCCAACGAAAGUCUCACCGUACUCGAUAACAUCACGAAAGUUUACCAGAAGGUCCGGUACGAGGAGAGCGAGAUGGAGAUAGAGGACGAGGUCGACUUGUUGAUGUCGACGGAUAUUUUGGCGGCGCAGAUUUCGACGAAGAGUAUUUCUUUCGCCAGGGCCCAAAGCGGGUGGAUAUUCAGAGAGGACCGAAAAGAGCUUGUGGCCGGUCAGUACGAGAGUGAACUGUACACGGUCCACGGUUUAAUGUUGGAGAGCCGGAAGAGAAGGGAGCACCUCUCCUCCGACGAUCUACAGAAGAACAAGGCCAUCCUGGAGAGCUUCACGAAAGGCGGGAACUUUCAAAACUUCGACCAGAACGGCGCGCCCGUUAGGCGGAACAGUUUGGUACCGCCGCCUGAGAAAAAGGUGACGUGGGACCAGUACAUAAAUUCCGACGUAAAUAACUACCCGAGACUGGGGAGGGACCUUGUAUAUAAAGAAUCGUCCAAGUCGUUCAAGGCGACGAUAGCGAUGAGUUCCGACUUCCCCCUCUCGGUGGAGAUGCUGCUGAACGUGCUGGAAGUGAUCGCGCCCUUCAAGCACUUCUCCAAGCUGCGCGACUUCAUCACCUUCAAGCUGCCGACGGGCUUCCCCGUCAAGGUGGAGAUCCCCAUCCUGCCCACCGUCACAGCCAAGAUCACAUUCCAACACUUCGAGUUCCGAGACGACAUUCCCAGGCACCUCUUCGCCACGCCCAAGGAUUACGUGGAGGACCCCACGAGAUUCCCCGACUUAUGACGUCCCGAACUGCUCAACGCGUUCGAGGUGAGCUACGCGGGCAAGCCGCAGUUCCUGCUGCCCCACGACAGGAGACGGCUGCCGGGGCGCCCCUCCAGGCUGGCCAGGAGGCUGCGCAGGGGCAGGGAGGGCUGGUCCUCGGCCGGCGUCGAUGUAAGUACAAACCAACCCACCGUUAUCGUAGAGAUCCCCAUGCUGUUCACCCUCGGCAGCAUCUACAGCACCAACUGUCUUCUUUAUCUGGAGUAGAGGUCCUGGCGGAACGGGCGGGACGACGGGAAGGUCUCUUGUUUGGAAAAAUUCGGUUUUUGCGGACGAGCGAUAGUAAACAAAGUAUACGAGUGCGAAUUUGCACAACUUUGGGGGAAUAUCAGUGAUUUUUAUUUAUUUUUGAUGAUUUGUUACUGUUUUUAAAAAAAUCUUGUGGUGUUAGGUCUGGAGUGAGAGGCGGAUGUCCUAGUUCGUUUUUUAAUAUUUCUCUUUUAAAAAGUCUGCCUGUGCGAGUUGGACCAAAUUCUAUACUUUUAUAAGGGUUUGUCAAGUGUUUCGAGGAGAUAUGCAAAAGUAGUUCAAAUGUCUCAGGCUCGAUUUUUGAGAAAGAUCACAACAUUUUUUGAUUUGUUCGAGAAGUACAAAGCUUUUUUUAUUAUUAUUUACUGGUUUUGUGAUAUUAAUUUUUUAUUUAUGAAAAUAAUUUAUUUUUAUAGAAGGCAUUUGAACAUUUGAACUAUUUUUCUAUCUUCAAAAAUAUGAGAAAUUGCCUUGAGGUUUUUAGAUAGAAAUAUAGUUUUAAGAAAAUUACUGAAAGUAGUUCAAAUGACUUGGGCUUAGUUUUUGAGAAAAAUUGAAAUGAAAACUUGAUUUGUUCAAGUAAUAUACGUUUUUUAUUUAACCGACUUUCUGAUGUGCAAUAAUUUUUUACAUUUAUAGAUACCAGAUUUUAAUUCAAUUUCUUUAGAAAUUAAUUAUGAGACAUUUGAACUACUUUUUGCCUACCUCUCCAGGUCCUGAGAAAAUUUACAAAAAGUAGUUCAAAUGUCAUGUUUGAUUUUGGAGAAAAAUUGAACAUGGUAAAUUUUUCCAGCUUAUUUUCCUUAAAAAAAACCAAGGCCGAAACAUUUGAACUACUUUUUAUCUCUGAAAAUGCGAGAAACAAUCUCUGGAAGUUUCUCAUAUCCCGAGAAAAUAUACGUAGGUAUUUCAAAUGUCUUGGGCUCUAAUUUUGGAAAAAUUGAAACGGCAAAAGCCACAAUUUGAUUUAUACAAGAAAUUUUGAACGUUUUUUAUUGUUAACUGUCUUUGUGAUGUCAAAUAAUUUUUUAUAUAUGAAAAUUGUUAGUUUUUAUAAGCAAAUUCCAGUUCAAUUUCCUUAAAAACCAAGGCCGAGACAUUUGAACUACUUUUUCCUGCCUUCAAAAAUAUGAAACACUGCCCCGGGAGGUUUUCAGAUUGCCUUAAAAAAUACCUACACGAAAAGUAGUUCAAAUGACAGGCUCAAUUUUUGAAGAAAAUUGAAACGAAAACGGCAUAGAAUUUUUUUAUUUAGCCGACUGUAAAUGUCCAAUAUUUUUUUUAUUUGUGGAAAUUGUUUAUAUUUAUAGAUUCCAGAUUUUAGUUCGAUUUCUUUAGAAACCAAUUAUGAGACAUUUGAACUACUUUUUUGUCUAACUCGAAAAAUAUGAGACUGCUCAGUGGUUUCCAGGUUCUGAGAAAAUUUACAGAAAGUAGUUCAAAUGUCUUAUUCUCUAUUUUGGAGAAGAAUUGAAAUGGUGAAUAUUUUAUUCCUUAAAAUGCAAAGGCUGAAACAUUUGAACUACUUUUUGUUUACCUCGAAAAAUGUGAGAAACAAUCCCGGGAAACUUCUACUUUAAAUGUUUUGGACACUAUUUUUGAAAAAAUUGAAACUAAAAACCACGAUUUGAUUUAUACAAGAAAUUUUGAGCAUUUUUUAUUGAUAACUGGUUUUGUGAUCAAAUAAUUUUCUAUGUCUGAGAAUUGUUAGUUCUUAAUAGAUUCCAGAUUUCAGUUCGAUUUCCUUAAAAACCAAGGGCGAGACAUUUGAACUACUUUUUGUUUAUCUUGAAAAAUCUGAAAACUGCCCCGGGUGGUUUCUAAAUUGUACUGAGGAAUUUUACAAAAAGUAGUUCAAAUGUCUUGGGCUCGAUUUUCAAUACAAAAAAUUCUAUUUGCUUUCUAUCGCAGAUUUCAAUUAUAAAUCGCUACCGAGACAUUUGAACUACUCUUUAUCUAUCCUUGAAAAUGACAAGAAACCCUUCGAAAGCGUCGAAUUUGGCUCACCUUAUUUAUAUAAAUUUUUUUAGUGACUUUUUGCUCAAGUCUCACCCCUGAGACGUUCCGUUGCCCCGCCCAUUACACUUACUACGUUUCUUAAUAUAUCAUCAGUAUUUUUUAGCUCUUGCUUUAACGUUCGCUGUUACGUUAGGAUUAAUAGGGUUAGACGCAGAACAUUUAUGUUCGACUGCCCGUUUUUUCAUUUUCGAUCGCCGGAGCGGUUGAAGUACUUUAAAAAGAAAUGGGUUGCGCGAUCUUGUUGGUAAUGUUGAUAGGUAUAACGACAGGGUACUAUUCGUCUGUGUUGUCCUCGUUUUGUUAACAAGCCUUGGGUUAUUGUUAAGCGUAAACUUUGAGUUAGUCGUUGUGGAUGUUUAUCGUUUUAGGAGACAAAAAAAAAGUCGUUUGUCGUGUGACGUUUUCGUAAUGUCGAGAGGAAAAAAUCACAUACUAUUUUUUUUAACCUUAAAAUUAUGUACGUUAAUACCAAGGAUUGUUUAAAAAGUUCACACUCUAAGUUUUUUAAGGAAAAUUUUAUUUACGUUAAAAAUAUUUUGAAUCAGAGAUUUCUUUCUUGUUUUAUAUUGAAAUUUAAUUUUACGUGUGGCAUCACUGAGCGAAAUGAUUCUCCGCUAGAUGGCGCUACGGUUUCGUUGACAAUUGAAAGAAAUGGUAGCAAACCAUCGUUGCCAGAUUGGGCGAUUUGUCUCAAAUUAGACGAUUUUUUGGUUGCAAAACUUGUAGUAAAAGUAAUUUGUACAUGUGAAAUACUAAUCAUGGAAAGUAUAUAAAAACUAGACACUUUACUUAUAAACUGUUUUUUUCUUUCAAAUAUAAGUGAACUUUUUAGAUAUCCUCCGAGUUCUUCUUCAGUUUUUUUUAAUUUCUUACACUUAAGCUUUUUUAUUCCUGGUCACGUUCAAACGAAAGGCUCUUUUAUAACUCUUUGUUCAAUUUAGCUUUAUUAAAUUAAUUUUUAACAGUUUUGGGCAUUAUGUAUUUUUUUACAGUAUUUUUAGUUAAUUUCAGCAAAUGUGGGUAAUAGGACACUUUAAUAUGUUUUUAAUGUCUAUCCAGACCACGGAAAUGCUAGGGAUAGAAAAUAUGUUAAUAUAAACGCAAAAAAAAAAGAAAAAUUCGAGGUAUACGUUGGCCUGGUACGGAAAAACUUUUUAUUUGUGUUUUUUUUUAGUUUCGUCUAUUUUUUACACUCUAAUUUCAGAUUAUUUAUAUUUUUCUUAUGAUUUUUUUUAUACAGUUUUUAUGCCCCUUGUACAUUCUUCGUAUCGUUCUCGUUGUGUACUUGGCCACCCUAUAUCUUAAAUUUAGAAAAGCGGCAGCUAACAUAGUCUUAGUUUCAUAUGGGACAGUUCCGACUAACCUUUUUAGACUCUGCAGCUCGUACGGGGGCCUACACUUUCAUCUUUCAAAAUUCUCCACAUUCAGAGAAUCGACUGCCAGAAAUUUACACGUAUAUACAUAUAAAAACGUCAAUUAAUAUACUCUCGAGAAAGUUAAGCGAAUUCACAAACGUUUAAGUUGUGAGAGUGGAGGCCCUCGUUGGGAGUAGCCGUCUUGCCUGUGAACGGUGUGACUGUUUCCUUAAACUUAGCAGGUGUCGUUGGCAGCGCUAUGAAUUUCGUCGAAAUAAAAUUAGAGUGCAUCCUUUUUUUAAUUUUUGACGUAUUUUGACGAUUUAUAGCGCUGUUUGGUCGACUUUUAUCAAGUGGCACCUCACGUACAUACGAUUUACGUUUCCCAAUGUACAUUUGUAAAAACGUACUUUUGUUGUUAUUCCGUAUUUUAAUUAUUUAUUUCACUAGGUAUAAUUGUUGUACACUUGUAUAGAUUUAAAAGAGAACCUGAAACUUUUAUCAGUAAUAUACAUUUUAUGUAAGACGUACUUUCUUUUCCGAACCCUUCCAUCGGACACAUACGUAGGUGCGUCACAAAGAAUGGAGUCAAUAUCGUUGGAACAUUCUUUCGUAAAAUCCUUAGUUUUUGCGCUAGUGUUUAUAUUAGUUUUUCAAGGGUCAAAAACGGUGUAUAUCGACUCGGAGAUGAAUUUGCUGUAUUAAAAAAGUAGUAUUAAAAAA